UACUACAUGGUUGGUGACACUGGUAUAACAUCGCGUCUGAUCGCGUCGUGCGGUAAUUCAAAUUGCUUUCUGUUAAAUUUGGUUAAGAUCUGCUGUUGGAGUAAUAAAGUAUUUUAACUGUAAUCUGAAGUGUUUACGUAUUAAAUAAAAUGUCAACUUUAAAACAACAGUAUAAAGCGAGGAAAUUUGGUUGGGGAAACACAAAGGAAGGUCGAUUUCUUCGGGUUGAGAAUCGCGAAGAAUCGCGUAAGAAUCGGAGAGCAAAGACUUUUAAUGCAAACAGAAACAUUUCCAUUUCUGAGCCUAAUAGUCCAAGGAAUAAAAAAGCACAAAUGGUUCCUGCAGUCAACAAUCGUCUCAUUAGAUUAAUGAAAUGGAAAGUUGAACGCGAGAGACGCAGAAAGCUUGAACAAAUGAAAAAGAAACCACCUUUUGUAGUUGGAGUAGUUCGUCACAAAAUACAUUCUCCAAUAAGUAAUCAAUCUGCUCUACAGCCUGUAACUCGUAGAAUGGUACGUAAUCGGACUGUAACUCCUGCAUCUCCACCAAAAAGAGUAACAAGAGCAACUGAGAAAAGAUUAAUGAAUAAAGCUCUUACAAAACAAGCAACAAACCGUUCCCCUAAAAAUAAAAAGUCUGUAAAUAAAAAACAAAAGAGACCAGAAUCUUUUGCACCUGCAGAUUACAAAUUCAAACCUCCAGCAGGAUUGCCUCAUAUGCGAUUAUUUGGCAGAGUAACUCUGCAAAGUAUGUCACCUGCCAGAAUAAGCGGAUUUAUAUCACCCUUUGUAAAAAUAUUAAAAAUGGAAGAACCAUUUAUAACUUCAAAUAAAAAUAUCAAUACACCAUCCUCACAAAGGAGUUUAAGAAGACAAAAUGCUGUGGACAAAAGUCCCAAAGAUAUAGAAAAUACAGACUUAAAUGAAUCUAAAGAAAGGUCCCAGAACCGUAUGUCUAUAUAUAAUAAAGAAAGGAAUGAACACAAUGAAAGCAUAAGAGUUUUAAGGAAUAGAAUUAUUACUUCGGCAAACACACCUACACCCAGUAAAUCUCCCAGAAAAAUGUCUAUCGAUGUAUUUGAAUCAGAAUAUAACAAAAAUAAAACUCCAUCAGUGAAAACAAGAAGGAAUUCUGCUAAAAUUACUGCUGAAAAUAAGGGAAAAGAGGAUUUACAGAAUUCCCUAAAUGUAAACGGCGAUAAGCGAAGAUCUCGUCGAAGUGUUAAAUUUUCUGAGAAAGUUAAUAAUGAUUCUGUUUUAAAUAAAUCAACACUUCCGAUGACUCCCCACGUUAGACGAAGUAGAACGAAGAAUAAUAAAAAGAAAAUAAGUACAAGCCCAGAUCUUACAUCGUGGGAAAUUUCAGAAAAACCUCCGGCUAGAGUUAAAAGAUCUCGAAGUAGAAGAAUGGGAUCAUUGAUUUAAACUUUUAAUUAUAAAAUAUGAAUGUAAUAAGUGAGUAUUAAUUACCAUUAGAUACUCAAGUAUGUAAUAAGUAACAUCAGUUAUUUAAUAUUAA